UUAAAUGUGGCAUGCGUCUUUUUGCCAACUUGUUUAAGCAAUAUAAAUAGGAGGGGAUAGGCUGUAUGGACUCAAGAGAUACCAAACAAAUCAGAGAAUUGAAUCAACUCAAAUAUUGAGAGAUGGAAAAGGUGAUAUUAUUAUUGCUGCUCUUCUCUCUCAACUCUCAACUAACCAUGGGAGAAGGAACUGUAAUAACAACAGGACCUAUUCCAAAAAUCUGCACUAAGAUACUCAACCUUGCUGACAAACAAGUCAAACCUCUUGGCGCCGAUGAUGAGAACGUCAUUCUUGAAUUGCUUGGAUGUGAGACGAUGACUUAUAGCACGAAUUGUAAAUAUGAAAGUCCAGAUAGCGUUACUUGUGACUGCAGUCUCGAUAAGGAUGUUUGUCGGGUGACAGAAAUUGAUUUUACAAAUCGGAAUUUGGAAGGCAUAUUACCAGAAAUAAUCGGAAAUCUUAGAAAUUUAAUAUCGUUAAAAUUGAAUUCGAACAAAUUUUCUGGCAAGAUUCCACCAUCAUAUGCAAAUUUAAAAAAUCUCAAGUAUUUGAAUCUUGGAGGCAACAAAUUUGAAGGAUUACUACCCCCAUUUCUUGGUGAUAUGAAGUUGCUUUUCUUGGAUUUAUCUGAUAAUUCAUUUAGCGGUCCAAUUCCAUCUCGACUGGCUUCCCUAAAAAAUCUAACAUAUCUGGAUCUAUCUGAUAAUUCAUUUAGCGGUCCAAUUCCAUCUGGACUGGCUUCCCUAAAAAAUCUAACAUAUCUGGUUCUAUCUGGUAAUUUAUUUGAUGGUCCAAUUCCAACUCAACUAAACUCCCUUGUAAAUCUAAAGCUUCUGGACCUUAGUAACAAUAACCUCUCUGGUCCGCUGCCCGAUCAGCUUAAAAAUCUAGUUUUUCUUGAAGAUCUCGAUGUUCAAGGAAACAACUUGAGUGGACGACUCCCAGAUUCCAUUGGACAACUACAAAGCCUCAUAUAUUUGUCUCUACUGGGAAAUAAUUUCGAAGGUCCUCUCCCUACUACUGCAUUUUCAAACUUGACAAACCUUCACGAAUUGUAUGUAAGCGACUUAGUUGGAGGAAGAGAGUCGCAGUUUCCUAAUUUUACAAAUAUGGAUUCCUUGAAAUUUCUGACAUUAAGGAAAUGUUCACUUGUUGGCCCUAUUCCUGACAUCAUCUGGAAUUUAAUGAGUCUAUAUCUUCUGGACUUGAGUUUCAAUAGUUUGUUUGGUCAAAUUCCAAAUCAUUCCACCCUGGUCCCACCCAUGGACAUAUUUCUGCGAGGAAAUAAACUCAAUGGAACAAUUCCAACAUGGAUAAUGAAUUCGACUAUGAAUAUCGAUGUGUCUGAAAAUUUUUUCACAAACGUCACACAAAUUCAAAAGUUGAAUUCAAACUCAUCUAACCUGAACUUUUUCUCAUCCCUUAAUUCCAGUGACGGGGGUACGCAUUGGGAACAUGUUGGCUAUAGCUGCAGCAGCGACCUAAAAUACCAAUUAAAUGACCAUCUAUUUAUAAAUUGUGGUGGUGAAUCAAUGCAAAUAAAUGGAAGUAUUUAUGAAGGCGAUCUGAAUUCAAAUGGAAGUUCAACUUUCUUUCUGAGUAGCAAUUCAACAUGGGGUUAUAGUAGUAUGGGAUCCUACUUAGUAACAGAUGACGUAUACAUAGUGAAUGAUGGUGUUGGUAAUGAAGCUCUUUACAGUACAGCACGUGUAUCCCCAAUCUCCUUGAAGUAUUAUGGAUUUUGUUUAAGGAAUGAUGAAUAUACUGUGAGACUUCACUUUGCUGAAUUAGUUAGAACCCCAUAUCUCUACAAAUCAGGUCGAGUUUUUGAUGUGGAUAUCCAGGGAAAGAAUGAACUUAAGGAUUUCAACAUAGAAAAGGAAGCAGAGGGUGUAAAUAAGGCUUACACUGUGGAAAUAGAAAAUGUUAUAGUUAACAAUAAUCGACUGGAGAUUCACUUAUAUUGGUCAGGGAAGGGUUCAAUGAUGUACCAAGGUCCACUUAUAUCUGCAAUUUCUGUAUAUAUUCCUAAAGAGAGCGGUUUGUCUCCUCCAAAGAUGGCUGCAAUUUCAUUAUCUGUCUUAAUUCUUCUAGUAGUGUUGAUAGUUUAUUUCUGGAUGAGGGAAGGUAACUUCAACUUCUCAAUGUCAUAUGAAGGAAUGGUCGAGUUGUAUCCUGGAGGACUUUACAACUUCCAAAAAAUAAAAGUUGCUGCCAAACAUUUCAAGAACAAGCUUGGUAAGGGUGGCUUUGGAACUUUCUACGAGGCUACACUCGACAAUGGAAUGGUGGUUGCAGUUGAAAAGGUUUCGGCCACAAAAGAUAUAAUACGUGCAUUUCGAGAAAAGGAUUCUACAAUUUCUCUCAUGGAACAUCCCAACCUUGUAAAGCUCAUGGGAUGCAUUGCAGAGAAUAAUCAAUUGUUGCUUAUUUAUGAGGAUAUAGGCCAUAAUUCCCUUCAAAAUGCACUUUUUGGUUCAGACAGGUCAAGAUUAGAUUGGCCAAAAAGGCGCAACAUUUGCCUUGGCAUAGCAGAAGGUCUAGCUUUUCUUCACGAGUGCAAGCAGAAAAUUGUCCAUGGAAAUAUCAAACCAACCAGAAUUUUCCUUGACAAGCAUGACAAUGCUAAGAUAUCUGACUUCGGAUUUUCCACGCUCCAUGACCAGGGAAAGUCACGGGAGGAAGGAACAGUGGUAUACAUGGCACCUGAAUACGCCAAAUAUGACCUCUUAACAACAAAGGCAGAUGUGUAUAGCUUUGGAGUUGUUGUACUUAUAGUUGUGAGUGGAAAAAAAGAAAAGAUUUCAAUGUCUAGCAGUGGGGCUGACACCGAGUACCUUCCAGAUCUCGCAGCACGUGAAAAGCAGAGAGAAGGGCAUUUUAUGAAUCUAGUUGACAAAACCACAUCUAACACAAUGGAUUGGAAUCAAGCAGAUACAAUGUUAGAACUAGCAUUGAUGUGCUUGAGCCAGUACCCAGAUCAAAGACCAUCCAUGUCUCAAGUUGUGAAGGUUCUAAAGGAACAACUUCCAUUGAAGGAUCUAAAGGAAAGUUUAAAGCAGCAUUCUUCUAUCAGCACUGCUUGAAUUGAAGAACAACACUGUACUACUAAUCUAUGCUGCUUUUCAGUUGUUCUCUUCGAUCUGCUGAAAUAAAUGAAUGGUUUCCCAAAACAAUUAAGUGAGCUUUCUGAAACUCACAAGUUAUGGUGUAAGCGGAUUUAAUUCCUUAAUUUGGGAAACCAUUUAUUUCAGCACAACAACUCAAAACUAGCAUAGAUUUGUACUUAACACACCACCACUUGUGAGUUUCAUAAUCUGCACUGCUUUCCUAUUUUCAAUAUUGUUUGUCUCUCCUCUCUUGCUAGUAUGUUUUACUUUUGUGAAAUAGUUGUGAUAUAUGACAUGCAUGUACAAUGCUAUUAUUUUAUAUUUUCCACUUUGUAAAUUAUAUUGUAUGUGUGUUGUGUUUCAGCAACCCUAAAAUUCAAGUUAUUGGUGCUUUGAGAAUUGAGAAUUUUUAUUUAUUUAUUUAUUUUACCAUUUCAUACU